CUCCCGCGCGCGGAGGCCCAGGCGGGCGCAGCAGCGGCUGCGGCGGCGGUCGCGGCACGGCCGCGCGGCGGGUGUAAGCGGCGCAUGGGCGUAGCGACGCUGUCCGACAGGGCCCACGUGGUCCGCGCGGAGCGCGGCCCUCCACGUGCUGGAGGCCAUGUGCCUCUCGCUGCCCCCCACUGGAGGGAGGGGGAGGUGGGGAGAUGAUGAGGAGAGGGCGGACGGGAGACGAGAAAGAGAGAGAGAGAGAGAGCUGGGCGGCCCCACAGCGCCCUGGGCGUGCGGGAGGGACGGGGCCGAGUCGGCGUGCGGCCUGCUUCAGGCAGCCAAAAGGGCCUGCACGGUUUCUUUCCCCGGAGCCGUAGGCGACCCGAGGAGGAGGGAGGAGGGAGGGAGGGAGGGAGGGAGGGAGGAGGAGGAGGAGGAGGAGGAGGAGGACGGGUCGCCUAAGCCCUUCGGAGAAACCCUCCACAACCAAAAGGGCCUGCGCCGGGCAACGAAAGGUGGGGUCUUUGCCCCACUAUUCCGGAGCUCGCCAUCGCGGAGAAGAAGCGCCAUCUUCACAACACCUCGCGGGCUCGGGAAACUGUCCCCGUUCCCAGCCUCAAGCGAAGUGAGCAUGAGAGCGUCGGCCGUGAAAAGGGCUCCACCCUCACAGGGUCAGGGCCAGCUAGUGCCCUGGAAAAAAAACAACAACCAGUUCUGGUCGUAACUCAAUGAGUGGAGGGAGGGAGGGAAAACGUCGACGGUGCCCGAAAAGGAGGCGGCGGCAACGAUGAGGAGGAUGAGGAGAACGAUGAGGAUGAGGCAACGUGUGGCCGACUGC